UCACCGGCGAGUCCACCACCAUUCCCAGCGGCGGAGACGCCUGAUUGCAGCUAUUCUCCGCCACAGCCGUUACGCAUGUAUUGAAAGUAUGGCCGCCGACAAUGAUGUUGUAUUCCUCCAUGGAGAUCUCGAGCUUACGAUUAUCGAAGCCAGAUCGUUGCCGAACAUGGACAUGGUCUCCGAACACCUCCGCCGCGUGUUCACCGCAUUGAACACCUGCCGGAAGCCUUUAUCCGUGAAACGUAAAUACAAGAGGAAGGAUCUCAGGCGCCAUAACAAUAUGAUUACCAGCGAUCCAUACGUCAGCGUCUGCCUCGCCGGCGCUAGGGUUGCGACCACUCGAGUCAUUUCCAAUUCGCAGAAUCCGGUUUGGAAUGAAAACUUAAAAAUCCCCGUAGCUCAUCCUGUAUCAGAGGUGGAUUUCGAGGUUAAAGACGACGACCUUUUCGGCGCGGACCACAUUGGCGCGGCCACUGUGCCGGCCAAGAGGAUUGUCACCGGCGAGGUGAUCAACGAGUGGUUUCCGUUGAUAGGCCUGUCCGGGAAGCCACAUAAGCCCGAUUCUGCCAUCCGACUGCAAAUAAAAUACACUCCAUGCCACAUGAAUCCUUUGUACCAAAAUGGCGUCUCGGAGAACUACGAGCUGAAGGAAAGCUUCUUUCCGCUCCGCCAUGGCGGGAAGGUUACUCUCUAUCAAGACGCGCAUCUGAGUGAAGACAUGCUCCCGGAAGUCAAAUUGGAUGAGAACAGAAGAUUUACCCACGAAGCGUGCUGGGAGGAGAUCUGCCACGCGAUUCUGGAGGCUCACCAUUUGGUGUACAUUGCAGGAUGGUCCAUUUACGACAAGGUGAGGCUAGUGAGAGAGCCAACUAAGCCUCUGCCAAAAGGAGGGGACUUGACUUUGGGAGAAUUGCUCAAGUACAAGUCUCAAGAAGGAGUUAGAGUUCUAUUGCUGGUCUGGGAUGACAAGACUUCCCACAGCAAGUGUUUCAUCAAAACUGAAGGAGUGAUGCAAACUCAUGAUGAGAAAACCAAGAAGUAUUUCAAGCGCUCCUCUGUCCAAUGUGUUCUGGCCCCUCGUUAUGCAAGUGCUAAGCUCAGCAUUUUCAAGCAACAGGUUGUUGGAACUUUGUAUACACACCAUCAGAAAUGUGUGAUUUUGGACACUCAAGGAUCUGGUAGUAACAGGAAGAUCACUUCAUUUAUCGGAGGUUUAGAUCUCUGUGAUGGACGCUACGAUACACCCGAACAUCGCUUGUUUCGUGAUCUCGACACUGUAUUCCAAGAUGAUUAUCAUAAUCCAACAUUUGCCCCAGGAACCAGGGCCCCAAGACAACCAUGGCAUGAUUUACACUGCAAGAUUGAGGGUCCAGCUGCAUAUGAUGUUCUCACCAACUUUGAGCAACGUUGGAAAAAAGCCACUAGAUGGUCUGAGCUCGGGGAACGGCUAAAGAAAAUAUCUUACUGGCAUGAAGAUGCAUUGUUAAAAGUUGAGCGUAUUUCUUGGAUAGCUAGUCCCACUCCAACUGCCCCGAAUGAUCAUCCUUCUCUAUGGGUUUCCCAGGAAGAUGAUCCCGAAAACUGGCAUGUUCAGAUCUUCAGGUCAAUAGAUUCAGGAUCCGUGAAAGGAUUUUUCAACACUGCUGAUGCUGUUGAGAAGCAAGGUCUGAUGUUCUCAAAAAAUUUGGUGGUGGAUAGAAGCAUUCAAAUGGCCUAUGUUCAGGCAAUUCGAUCUGCUCAGCACUUCAUAUACAUAGAGAAUCAGUAUUUCCUUGGAUCAUCGUAUGCUUGGCCGUCCUAUAAACAUGCAGGUGCUGACAAUUUAAUCCCUAUGGAACUGGCGUUAAAAAUAGCUAGUAAAAUUAGAGCUAAAGAGAGGUUCAAUGUUUACAUUGUCAUCCCCUUGUGGCCUGAGGGUAUUCCCACUUCUGCUGCAGUUCAGGAAAUCCUUUAUUGGCAGGGGCAAACAAUGCAAAUGAUGUAUGAGCUUAUUGCUCAAGAGAUCAAGUCUGCUGACCUGGAGAAUGCUCAUCCAACAGACUAUCUGAAUUUCUACUGUCUUGGCAACCGGGAAGAAACACACACUAACGAGCACUCCGGAUCACAUGAAUCGGAUUCACAAAGAUAUGGACGGUUCAUGAUCUAUGUCCAUGCGAAGGGAAUGAUCGUGGAUGAUGAGUACGUGAUCGUAGGUUCUGCCAAUAUCAACCAACGAUCGAUGGAUGGUUCAAGAGACACAGAGAUCGCCAUGGGCGCUUAUCAGCCACAUUACACUUGGGCUAACAGUGACAGCCAUCCACACGGCCAGAUUUACGGCUACAGAAUGUCCCUUUGGGCAGAGCACCUAGGCAAGAUCGAAAAAUGCCUCGAGGAUCCUACAAAACCCGAUUGUCUGAACUACUUGAAUUCGACGGCGGAGGACAACUGGAGGAGAUUUACUGGUUCCCAUUUCACUCCAUUACAAGGUCAUCUUUUGAAAUACCCAGUGAAGGUAGAGAUUGAUGGAAAGGUAAAGCCAUUGCCAGGGUUUGAAACCUUCCCUGAUGUUGGUGGUAAGGUUCUUGGUGCACCCACAACUCUCCCUGAUGCUUUAACCACAUAGACCUAUUGUUUUU